GCCAACAGAAAGCGACAUCAAUUACUUGUUAAAGAUGGCACUGGAAAAAAUUGCCUUCCUGCCCUUCGGCUACUUGGUGGACCAGUGGCGUUGGGCGGUCUUUAGUGGAUGCACCCCUCCUUCCCGCUACAACUCUGACUGGUGGUAUCUUCGAGUCAAGUAUCAGGGCAUCUGUGCCCCAGUUAUCCGAAAUGAAACCCACUUUGAUGCCGGAUCUAAGUAUCACAUCCCACAUAUGACACCGUACAUCAGGUACUUUGUGAGUUUUAUCCUGCAGUUCCAGUUCCAUCAAGCCCUGUGCAAGGAGGCAGGCCACCAGGGCCCACUGCACCAGUGUGACAUCUACCAGUCCACCAAGGCGGGGGACACGCUCCGGAAGGUGAUGCAGGUGGGCUCCUCGCGGCCCUGGCAGGAGGUGCUGAAGGAAGCGAUCGGCACAGACGCCCUGGACGCUCAGCCGCUGCUCAACUACUUCCAGCCAGUCAGCCAGUGGCUGCAGGAGCAGAACCAGCGGAACGGCGAGGUCCUGGGCUGGCCAGAGUUUCAGUGGCAGCCUCCGUUGCCCAACAAUUACCCAGACAACGUUGUUUUGGUGACGGAUGAAGUGACGGCCAGAGACUUUUUGGAGGCCUAUGACAAGAAAUCCCUGGUGGUGUGGAAUGAAUAUGCGGAGGCCAACUGGAACUACAACACCAACAUCAGCAAAGAGACCAGCAUGAUCCUGAUGGAGAAGAACACACAGAUGGCAAACCACACCGUAGAGUUUGGCACCCGGGCCAGGCAUUUUGACAUUACCUACUUCCAAAACACCACCCUAAAGCGGAUGAUGUACAAGAUUCAGGACCUAGAGCGGGCAGCGCUGCCUACCUCGGAGCUGGAGGAGUAUAACCAGAUCCUGCUGACCAUGGAAACCACUUACAGCGUGGCCUCCGUGUGCCUCCCCAACGGCACUUGUCUGCAGCUGGAGCCUAAUCUGACCAAUCUGAUGGCCACAUCCCGGAAAUAUGAAGAACUGUUAUGGGCGUGGAAGAGCUGGCGAGACAAGGUGGGAAGAUCCAUCCUCCCCUUUUUCCCCAAAUAUGUGGAGCUCUCCAACAAGGCUGCCCGGCUCAAUGGCUAUGCAGACACAGGGGACUCGUGGAGAUCUAUGUACGAGAUGCCAACUCUGGAGCAAGACCUGGAGCGUCUCUUCCAGGAGCUGCAGCCGCUCUACCUGAACCUGCACGCCUACGUGCGCCGGGCGCUGCACCGCCACUACGGGCCCCAGCACAUCAACCUGGAGGGCCCCAUUCCGGCUCAUCUGCUGGGGAACAUGUGGGCACAGACCUGGUCCAACAUCUAUGACUUGGUGGUUCCCUUCCCUUCAGCCCCCAAGAUGGAUGCCACAGAGGCCAUGAUAAAGCAGGGCUGGACUCCCAGAAGGAUGUUUGAGGAAGCAAACAAUUUCUUCAUCUCCUUGGGACUGCUGCCCGUGCCCCCCGACUUCUGGAACAAAUCGAUGCUGGAGAAGCCAACCGACGGGCGGGAGGUGGUGUGCCAUGCCUCUGCCUGGGACUUCUUCAAUGGCAACGACUUCAGGAUCAAGCAGUGUACCACUGUGAGCAUGGAGGACCUGGUGGUGGCCCACCAUGAAAUGGGCCACAUACAGUAUUUCAUGCAGUACAAGCACUUGCCUGUGACCUUCCGGGAGGGUGCCAACCCUGGCUUUCACGAAGCCAUUGGGGAUGUGCUGGCCCUCUCCGUGUCUACCCCCAAGCACCUACACAGCAUCAACCUGAUGAAUAGCGAUGGUGGCAGCUACGAGCAAGAUAUCAACUUUCUGAUGAAGACAGCACUCGACAAGGUCGCCUUUAUCCCCUUCAGCUACCUCAUUGACCAGUGGCGCUGGAGGGUGUUUGAUGGAGGCAUCACCAAGGAGAACUACAACCAGGAGUGGUGGAGCCUCAGGCUGAAGUACCAGGGCCUCUGUCCGCCAGUGACCAGGUCUCAAGGCGACUUUGACCCAGGGGCCAAGUUCCACAUUCCUUCAAGUGUGCCUUACAUCAGGUACUUCGUGGGCUUCAUCAUCCAGUUCCAGUUCCAUGAGGCGCUGUGUCAGGCGGCUGGCCACAAGGGCCCCCUGCACCAGUGUGACAUCUACCAGUCCAAGGAGGCAGGGAAGCGCCUGGCGGACGCCAUGAAGCUGGGCUACAGUAAGCCAUGGCCCGAAGCCAUGAAGCUGAUCACGGGCCAGCCCAACAUGUCGGCCUCGGCCAUCAUGAACUACUUCAAGCCGCUGCUGGACUGGCUCCUCAUCGAGAACGGCAGGCACGCGGAGCAGCUGGGCUGGCCUCAGUACAACUGGACUCCGGACUCUGGUACCAGCACCCCCCUCCUCUGCCCCGGUGGCCCCACCCCAGCCCCUGCCUAGAGCAGCCUAGGGAAGCCGGCCGCAAUGCCCCCUGCCCAGCCCCUGCCCGCCGCCCUGCCCUGCCCUCUGCCCUGCCCACCGCCCUGCUUUCCUUGCUUCUCCUGCUCAGCUCGCACAGAAGGCUCCUACCUGGGCAAUGGCCGAGUCAACUUCCUGGGCCUGAACCUAGAGGAGCAGCAGGCCCGUGUGGGCCAGUGGGUGCUGCUCUUCCUGGGCAUCGCCCUGUUGGUGGCCACCUUGGGCCUCACCCAGCGGCUCUUCAGCAUCCGCAACCACACCGUGCACCGGCCCCACCGCGGGCCCCAGUUC